GGGGAACUGAGCGUUUUGGGGAUGAGCUGUGAAGGGCUCAAAUGGCUGGUGACCAAAGUGGGGGCGGGUCUGCGAACAGACGAAACCAUCCUGUUUCUUUUUCAAGAAGAAGCUACCUGGACCGGUUUGGGAUGAAUCGAAGCCUGCUGGGCAAUCCUUUAAUAGGAGCCGAAGAGCAAUUUAGAAGGCUUUGGCAUUCAGCCGAUUUUCAGGAUUUUGAUCCGCUUCUCGUCCAACGGAUGGGCGGGUGAUGCAUCAUCAUACAAUUGAUGCUUCGAGUGCUUCAGGUAGUGCUCACAACAGGUUGUUGAUAAGCCUUUGGCCAGCACACCUAAGAGUAUCCAUUCCGGAGCCUACGGUAUGGACAGACAUGCACCAGUUUUCAACAUGUUUUUGGCUGGCUGUUGGGGAAAAAACUUCAGGCGCCUCUAUCGAAGCACCAAUGGUGGAGAGACCUGGAAUGACAUCACCGACUUCUUCAAAGUCGAUGUGCCUGGCUCUUCGCCGCAACCCUUCAUUGCGGAGUCCAUCACCAAGAGCCCAGCCGAUCCCAACACAAUCCUGGUAUCUGGAAAUAAGAAGACCAACUUCAUCUCCAGCACCAGGGGGUCCUCAUGGAAGAAGCUCCGGCAACGAUCACAGAUCCAUACGGUGAUCUUCCACAAGACGCGGCCCACGUGGCUUUUGCUCUCCACCUGGACGAGCACUUGCAACAAGAAGAAGGAGACCAACGCAGCGCCUGAACCGGCCGAAGAUGGGGGUGGUCCAUGCAACCACAUGCUUUACUUGUCCAAAGAUUUGGGCAAGACAUUUUCCUUAGCGCAGAACUAUGUGGUGCAGUUUAGCUGGGGCGACCCUGCGAUGAAUCAGCAGGACCGGAUCUACUUCACCCACUUUAGGAAGAAGACCGGCGAUCAGCCGAAACUGUACAUCUGGUCCAGCGAUGUGGAUUUCGCCUACAUGGAUGCCGAGGGCAGGAAUUGGGGAAGUCCGAUCACCAUGGUAGCGUUGGGAAACAAGUUUCUUGUCUCUCACAAGUUCAUUUUCGUCGCAAAAGUGAAAGAUGUUGCAGCGCAGACGGUGAUGUUGAUGGUCAGUGCUGAUGGGGGCCGGACCUUCAACUCGGCGCAGCUGCCCACGGAAAUCGAUGAGAAGUCCUACACGGUGCUUGACACCUCCGAGGGAUUGGUGAUGCUCCACGUGAACCACGGUGCCAAGGAGGCGCGAGUGGGCAACGUGUACAUCUCCGAUGACAAGGGCUACCGAUUCACCCUCUCGCUCCCCAACAACGUGCGGGGCACCAAUGGUGACUGCGAGUUUGACAAGGUCCUCAGCCUUGAGGGUGUGUACAUGGCCAACUACAAGGAGACGAAGAGCUCUGACACCAGCGGAGGUGUGGAUGACAAGACCAAGGAGGCGGCGGCAGAGAGCGAUGCCUUAGAAGAGGAGGCCAAAGCCGGCACCGAGGUGGACAAGCGUCGAGCGCCUAAGUCCAAAGCCAAGGAGGAGAGCGUCAUCCGAACGGUGAUCUCCUUCGACAAGGGCGGAGCAUGGUCUUAUCUCAAGCCUCCGCGGGUGGACUCCACCGGCAAGCAGAUUGAAUGCCCGGUGGACAAGUGCUGGCUUCAUUUGCAUGGAAUUACAAACUUCCACAACUACGCGCCGUUUUACUCCACGGAGAAUGCCAUUGGGAUCAUCAUGGGCACCGGCAAUGUGGGCACCUCCCUUCGCUUCGAGCCUGACCAGACCAACACCUACCUCUCCCGGAACGGCGGGCUCACGUGGAUCGAAGCUCAUAAAGGUGCUUUCAUCUAUGAGUAUGGAGACCAUGGUGGCCUCGUUGUCAUGGCAGAUGAUGUUCGAAAAACCAAGCUUGUGGUCUUCUCUUGGAAUGAAGGCCAGAGCUGGUACGACUUCGAACUCUCUAGCAUGCCCGUGGAGGUGGAUAAUAUCGUCACGGAGCCCAACGCGACUUCCACGAAGUUCCUCCUCUACGGGACUCGGGGAGACACCGGCGUGAUGUACCACCUUGAUUUUGAGAGCUUGGGCCAACCUCUUUGCAAGGGGGUUUGGGCAUCCGACUCCGUGUCCUCUGACUACGAGACUUGGAUCCCAUCGGAUGGCAAAAACACCGAGAAAUGCUUGAUGGGCAAGCAGGUGACCUACACCCGACGGAAGCAGACUUCCGAGUGCUUCAACGGGGAGAAGUUCGAGCGGCCCGUCAGUCGCAAGAAUUGCGAGUGCACGCAAGAAGACUUCGAGUGCGAAGUGGGUUUCACUCGGCCAGUCGGCUCGACUGAGUGCAGAUUUGCCGAUGAUGGCAGCAUCAAGAUACCCUUGAGCUGUGCUAGAAAUGACCACUUCUUCGCCAACGGCUACCGCAAAGUGGUCGGCGAUACCUGUGAAGGUGGGUGGCAACCACAACAGGUCUCGGUCGCCUGUCCCGCCAAGCCAAUGAGCAAAGGUGCCUGGUCGGUCUUGGGUGCCAUGGGCAUGUUGGCUGCGGUACUCUUGGCCGUCAACAUGCUGUCGCAGAACGAGCGGGUGAAAAGCAUUUUUGCGAACUACGGCUUCGAGAGCUUUGGCGACGUGCGCUACGCGAAUAUCGGCUCAAAGGCGCCGGAGUCAGCCCUCGACAGCGUCGGCACCCGGUUUGACGCGGACUUUAUCGAGGGCGACCAGGAUGACUUUGAUGCUCCACAGCUCAUGAACUACACCAACGACAGAGAUAGGGACAGAUCUGACCGUGACAGAGAUAGAGAUGAUGCGGCUCGGAGAUCUGCUUUGGACACCGCCUCUGAGGCGGUGCCGCGACUCGCCAAACCACCUGGUGGACGUGAUGAUGAAGGUGUGGAUCUUCUUUGAGGUGCCAAUGGCACGGAUGAAGUUGGCCUGGCAACUGUCCCAAUAAGGGUCUAGCACGAAGGCCACCAGACCUGAUGGACACCAGACACAAAGUGGUUUGAUCAGCUUGGCUGGGCGAGGAAAAGAGACAAUCCCACA